AUGGCUCGUCGUGUUGAGAUCCGAGAUGAUUUUCCACAUAUUCGAGAUGAACAGCGAUUUUUGAUCAAAGAACUUAAAAGCCUGACUGCAUUGUUUCUUUCAAAGUACCAUGAGAUGGGACUGGGAUUGCCGGAGUUCUUGCUUGAACACUUCACGGUCGAGAUCAAUAAACGAUCAGAGGCAGAUGCUGAGGAGGCUCGGCGGAUGCAAAGCGUUGGUGUUGUUUUGGAUGAAUGA